UUUGUUAAAAUUAAUCAGUUUUAAUGUUGUUAUUUGUAGGAAGAAUGAAAGAAGGUGAAAAGAAGUAUAAAGGCAAAUUUGAUGUACCAAAUCUGAGUGAAGAGAAUGAACCAGAUGAAGUUGAUGUAACAUUUACUGUUGAUAAGACAACUGGUGAUGGACCUAAACUAAAGGAAAUUAUGAGAACAGUGGGCACUGGUAUAAUGCAGCAACAAUUUGCUAAAUAUAUUAAAACUUUAAAAGAAGAAUAUAGCCAUAAUGUGAUACUACCAACAAAAGAUGAGAAGAAGAAAGUUACUACUGAAGAAGUGAUAAAUGCUAAAGUAGAGAUGAAUAAAAUGGUGAUAAGUAACAAUACCCCAGCACAGAGUGAGUCAGUUGGUGUGAAAAUUGCUACAAAGACAUUGACUACACAAGAGGAAUUUGUCUGCACGCCACAAGAUUUAUAUAGAGUUUUUACAGAAAAAGGGAUGGUCCAAGCAUUUACUGGAAGUCCAGCUGUUUAUGAAGUAGAGAAGGGAGGUAGAAUUUCCUUAAUGAACGGUUUUGUCACUGGUGGAUUUGUAGACUUGGAGCCGAAUAAAAAGAUAGUGAAAAGAUGGCGGUUAAAAACUUGGCCCGAUGCCCAUUUCUCAGAGGUGACUUUAGAGUUUGAAGCAAAGGAUGGCAAUACGUUGUUAAAACUUAAACAAACUGGUGUACCAGCAAAAGAGUAUGAGAAGACAUUGGAAGGCUGGAGAGUAAAUUAUUGGGAACGUAUUAAACAAUGUUUUGGUUUUGGAGCAAGUAUAUUCUGAUGAGCAGCUUUGUAUCAAUAAGACAGAUCGAUGUUUUGAUAUAGAACAUAAAAAGUACCACACUUUACAUGGUUUACCACACUUUACAUGGUUACAAAGAUUGCACUGUCCAGCUGUUAUAUUGUUUAUUGAAACAUGGCCAUUUACAUUUGUACUUGUAUAACAAUAUAAAAUGUAAGUAAAUAUGCAUGUGCAGAUUGUAUCAGGUCAGGAACCAACAAAUGGCUUUGUUUUUUCUUUUUGAUACAUAACUUAAGCAUAAGAUAUAUUUAAGUUUUAAGUUGCUAUUUAUGGAGAACAGUGUUGGUGAAUUUGUUUUGCUAUUACAGUGAUAGUGUUUUCAACAAUAUUUUUAUUUCUUGUUUUUCAAGAAAAAAAAAUGUCAAUGGCCAGCAAAUAAUAUCAUUCCCAUUUAUGAUAAAUUGUCUGAAUAAAUAGCGCAAUAUAGUUUUUACAAGUUUAAAAAAGUGCUUAAAAUUCUGUGAUAGUUGGAAGAACUUGUGUAUAAAAUCAUCCUCUUUUUGAAUAGGUUUUCUUAACAUCUGACUACAAUGGAAUUACCUCAGAUUUAUGCAGUCCUUUGUCAGUACCAAAAUAUUUGAUUGUGGUCAUCUGUUUCAUGAAAGAUAAAUAAUGGCUGUAAAAAAUUAUUGAAAAUUUUGUUUUUAUUAUAUCUCUAUAUAAAUGAACAUUUUAUGAAAGUUGGAAAAAUGCGUAAAUGGGAAUUAUUGAUAGUGUUCUUUUUUAUUGCUUCUCUUUAUAAAAUUAAUGUUUUGUGACAGAAAAUGAUGUUGGUAAUGUUUGUAUCUGAUUUAUACUUUAAAGUUGUUUAUUAUCCUCUUCAUGGAAUAUUUUAGUUUAAAUUAAAGAGGACUUUAUAUUUUUUAUUAGGAAUUCUGUUUAAUUUUCAGUCAGUACAGUGGACUCCUUUAAAAUAUUGUGGACAAUCUUAUUCUAUUGCAUCUUUACCAGUAUUUAACUUUUUUCUGUGUUUAAAUAUUAUCACACUGUUGUUUUGACUGGUAAAAUGAACUUGGCAUGUUGAACAUACACUUGAUUUAUGAAAACAGUUCAAAGCUUCAUUUAAAAUGUUAUGAAAAUUUAAGACUUUCAAAUAGUAAAUAAACUUUAAUAUCAAGUAAACAUAUGUUGUUAAUUAAGCUUAUCAUGCACACAAAUUAAUUAGAAAUGAAUAUGUAUAAAAAUAGCCCUUACUUCGUUGCUAGACAAGAACUGUUUUAUCUGGAGAUGUGCAGAUAUUUAAGUAAGAUCCUUGAAUGUUACUUGUCAAAAUUUCAGUCAACACUAUUAAAAUUACUACAUUUAACAAACUAGCUUGUGAGGUAAAUGUUACUAUGAAUGAUUCAUUAAUUGCAAUUUUCAUUGUCUAAAUACUUUCCAGAAAAUAAAUUAUUAAAAACAUG